CCUGCAUCGAUGCUGUGCCUCACUACCGCCUGCAGAAUUGCUCUCCACACGGAUUUUACUCAUAUUAUUACAGUCAUGACGCUAUGACUACCUUACAUGUAAGCUCUAUACAUGUGAGCUAUCAAGCAAACACUAGGUAUAAUUCCGUGCCUUACAAGUGUCCACAUCGCCGCUUUUGCUCCUAACCAUCGCCGAGAAGUGCCGUUAAGAGCCGGCAGUUGGCAAAUGAUUCAUCGGGAGAUCAACAUUUUAGCGUGAUGGCACAGUUAACAGCAGAUAUGGGGUCAUAUGAUUCAUCAAGCAUGCAGUAAAGCAGGGAGACCGGUAUACCGUGAUAAGACCAUGGUUCCGUGCUGCAUGUUGGCGGACUGGAAAGUCGCCCUCGACCAACAUCACAGAGGAUCUUCCCCCUUCUCCCUUCAUGAGGACUACGGAGAAUGGAGAAUAAGACCAUACCCAACUCUGACUCUGAAGCACUUGACAAAUCAGAGGCCCCUUCGAUUCAUCCAGACGCUUUAUACGCUAACUAUGUCAGCUCUACCUAGCCACAUCUCCUUUUCUCAAUAAUCUCCAUUCUACUGGGAAAUAUUCGUGCGGCGAAAGGCUCACAUCCUCCUAAAUGGCGAGCACAGUCAACAAGCCGAGCGGCAUGCCAGCCAGAAACCAGAGCACGUCGCACGUACAAGACAAAGACCAAUAUGAAGGUCUCCUAAGUGAGAGCGAUACACAGUCGCUGGAUCGCGAAGACCUCCGCGCCUACUCCAAGAGGCGCCGGCCCUGGAGCUCCCCUUUCUUCUAUAUCCCUACAAUAUUAUCAAUCUUCCUCGGGAUGGCCCUCGUCGCUGUAUGUUCUACCAACGCGGCGCGACUGGACUCUAUCAUCAGCCAAAUACAAGAAAAAGUCUCAAGCCUCGAGACUGCUUCAGCAUUAACUCCCGCGGCACAAGUGAAACCAUCCAAGCCGACAGGUGAAGAGUUUGGCCACUGCGGCCACUCCAUCAAAGAAGCCGAGUCACUCGGCUGCAUUUUCGACCCUAUGUCCUGGGCGUGGCAAAAACCCGAGUGCUACAACGCCGAACUCAUAAACGACUUCUUGGGCAUCUUCGAAUGGCACUUCUUCCCCAACAACGAGACUCGGCCGGAGGAGGAGCUAUCGUGGGACACUUGGGUGCGCGGCCAAUAUAACGGUGCUUGGGGCUCUUGGGCAUGGCACAUGUACCAUUGUUCGUACUCGUGGCGCAAAUUUGAUGCCGCUUUCCACGCCCAGAAGCCAUUGGACGACGAUAUCCUCGAUCCUGAACAUACUAAGCACUGCUCAAUCGAGAUCAUCUUGCGGGACACAGACCCGGGGCUUCAUGCGCCUUGUCUUUCGAACCCUGAGGCUUGCGAAAUUACGCAGAUGUGGAUGAAGUUUAAUAAAUGCGGCUAUUACUGAAGAAUAUUAUCGUUAGUGGUCGAUGUCUAGGUAUAACUGAGAGCAUUGUAUUUGGCGAAGUUAGCUUAGUGAAUUCACAGCCUCAUGAAGAUGCUACAUAGCCUUGCCAUGUCGAGUUCCCCUAUGCUGUAUAUAAUAAUAAAAUCGAUCAUUUUUAGCAAUUGUUUUGUGCUACUGUGGUUUUGGAAACUAUAGGUUUGUUGAUCUUCAUGUGCCCAAAUAGGUAAACUCUGUAC